AUGAACCGGUUUUUGCUGCAACAGGUGGUUUUCAACCAGGAGGAUGGCAAAACCGUGGGGGACCACGGAGAGGAAGAGGAGUUCGUGGUUCUUUCAGGGGUGGAAGUUCUGGACGUCGAAAUACAGCUGGGUCAAAUCCCGUGGAUAGAAGUACUGGAAAAAUCAGUGUUUGUACCAACUGUGGCAGAAACAGAAGAAGACGAAAAGGUAGAUGAGACAGUUUUCUUGAAUUUUGCGAUGCUCACUGCUGCUCUUCUGAACGAAGCGUUUGGCAAGGCGGUUCUAGAUUCAGCGUGUACUGCAACUGUGUCUGGACAAGUAUGGAUGGAAAACUAUAUUUCCCAGUUGCCGGAUUAUUUACAAGCUUUAGUUGAGCGUGAAAAAGUCGAUACCCAUGUUGUGUUCGGUGGUGGUGAGCGGAUCAAAGUUGAACAUAAGUGUUUCAUACCUGUUAAAAUCGGCAAUGUUACUUGUUUUCUCGGAGUAUUGGUUAUUCCCGGUCAGUUGCCGUUAUUGAUUAGUGUUGCGUCGGUGACUAAAGCAAGAUUUAGUAUUGAUUUUCACACCAGUAUGUUGAGUACAUCAGAUGGAGGAAAAAUCCAGUUACAAUGUUCGAAAACUGGACAUUUGUUGCUGGAUAUCAGUUUUGGAAAUGAAGAGUUCUGUUGCCUGAGUUCUGGUAAUUUGAAUUCUCAGCAAGUUAUGAAGUUACAUCGUCAGUUUGCUCAUUGUGGUUCGACCAGACUAGAGAAGCUAAUAGCUAAAUCUGGUGCUAAAGUAGUGAAUUGCACCGUUGCUGAAGUCGUACGUGACUGUGAAGUUUGCCAGAGGUUCGGACGAGCUACUCCGAAGCCAAGUGUGUCUUAUCCUAUCAGUAUGGAAUGGAAUAAUACUGUGGCUAUGGAUUUGCACGAGAUGGCCCAGUCGGGACACACUUUGUGGUAUUUACACGUGAUUGACUUGUUUAGUCGUGUUAGUGCAGCUGUGUUCAUUACAAACAAAAGACCGAGUACAAUUAUUGAAGGUUUUCUUCGUUGUUGGUGCUUGGUUUACGGAUAUCCGAAAGCUGUUUUAACUGAUAAUGGUGGUGAGUUUGACAAGGCUGAUUUUCAAUCAUUUGCUCAAAAUAAUGAUAUUAUCGUGAAGACUACGGCAGCUUUUUCACUCUGGUCCAACGGCGUUGUUGAGCGGCACAACGCAGUUCUUAGAGACAUGCUGGAGAAAUUACUGGCCGAUGAAUCAGUUUCUUUGAGUAAAGAUAUUGUUUUACAGCAUGCCGUUUUUGCUAAAAAUAGCUUGGCUAACAACGAUGGCUUCUCACCGUUUCAAGUCGCGUUUGGUUUUGGACCGCAUGUCCCAUCUGUUCUUACCAAUAAACUGCCAGCUUUGGAAUGCGAGACCACUUGCGAAGUUGUAGCGCAAAACUUGAAUGCGUUGCAUAAGUCUAGAAAAUUAUUUAUCGAAGCUGAUUGCAGUAAUCGCAUCAGACGGGCUCUCAAAGCCAAAGUAGUGACUGACAAAGGGCCAUUUGUUACUGGGAAUAGCGUGUUUUAUAAAAGGGACGGAGAACUGAAAUGGCGAGGUCCUGCAAAAGUUAUCGGUCAAGAAAGUAGUGUUGUUUUUGUGCGACAUGGUGGCCGUGUUGUAAAAGUACACACUUCGCGAUUGAAACGAUGUGCAGAUCAAUUUCAACAGAUGUCAGAAGCAGAAGCUGGAUUCGAGGAGAAAAAGGAAGUUUUUGGCGACAGUGGUUCAACAGACGCUGAUCGCCAGGUUGUUGUUGAUGAAACUGAUGAUGAAGGCGAAAAUACAGCUACAAUUGAACCUGGUAUCGAAAAAGGACUCCGUAUUGAUGUACCAGGCGAUACAGCAGUUAAUUGUGUUCCAAACGACGUUGCUGAGACUAUUUCUGAGGAUUUAUCACGAGAGUGCUUGAAACCUGCCGCUGGUCGACGGAUUCGUUUUGUUUCACGCCAAUCUGGGUUUGAAGGAGAAGAAAUUGAAGCGAUUGUCAAAAGCAGAGGAGGAAAGUCGACAGGUGUUCAUAAAGACUGGUGGAAUAUUGUUUAUGAAUCUCCCAAAGAAAUUAAAGGGAAUUUGGAUUGCGUUGACGUGUCAAAACUGGAGGAUGUAGAAGUCAGUGCUCUGAACGCGACUGCAGAUGUCUAUUUUGAAGCGAAAAUGGAUGAAAUGAAGAGUUGGAAGAAAAACGAAGUAUUUGAGGAAGUUAUCGACGAAGGGCAAGAAUAUCUGUCCUGCAAGUGGGUGCUCACUCAGAAGCCAGAUAGAAAGAAAGCACGACUCGUAGUUAGGGGUUUUGAAGAUCCAGAUCUUCAUAACGUCAUAAAGGAUUCUCCGACUUGCUCCAAAGAUACUUUCAGGAUAGUAGUAUCACUCUGUGCCUCCAAGGCGUGGAAAUGUAAUUCGAUGGAUUUAAGAACGGCGUUUUUACAAGGAAAACCUCUUACCCGUGAUGUAUAUGUUAUGCCACCGCCGGAAGUUGGAUUAUCGGGGAAACUCUGGAAAUUACGAAAAUGCGUUUACGGGCUUGUUGACGCGGCUCGACACUGGUAUGAUAAAGUUAAAGACGAAGUAUUGGCCACAGGAUGCUGUGUUUCAGAGUUUGAUCCGUGUUUGUUUUACAAGAAAAAUCAAGCGGGUGAAAUAGUUGGACUGUUAACUACCCAUGUUGACGAUUUUUUGUGGGCUGGCACCGAACAGUUUGAAUAUUCUGUGAUGAAGUCGCUUGACGUGGUUUUCGACAUCAGAUCGACAGAGACAGCUCCAUUUCGUUAUCUUGGGUUUGACUUAUCGCAAACGGAAAGAGGAAUUAAACUGGACUUAUCCUCGUAUGUAGAAGAAUUGCGGGAGAUUAUUGUGCCAAAACAUGAUUUUGUGGUCAACAAGUUUGCUAGGCGUGAUAUGCGUGCUAUUCUGGGGAAGUUACAAUGGGUCGCAUCACAGCUGGAUAAUUCGUUACUGGACAACUAUUCCAAUAUUCAGUAA